GUCAACGAUACUAGGUGGAGAGUAUUCAUAUAUAUAUAUAUAAUAUAACAGUCCAUCGACAUGUCUCAGGCAAUCCCCGUCUCCUCACCAAGCUUCAAAGGCCGUCUAAACCUCUCAUCCUUCGCUUUCUCCGCCCCCCCAGCGCAAACCCUCCGCCGCCGCAGCCCUCGCAGUCUCACACCCAAAGUCGAGGAAUCCAAUUCCCCCUCUCAGACCCUCAUUAUCAAGACCGAGCCCUCCAAUUCCCCUUCCCCGAACCGAAAGCGAGGAACAGACACUCUCUCCCGCCCCUCCUCCUCUUCUUCCUCCUCCCCAAACAAGAAGUCCCGUUCCCGCACCCCCUCAGGCUACGCACCACCCUCCAAAUACGCACACCUAAACGAGCUCAUCGAUAUCCUCGAACCGCACCUAAUCUGCGCCUUCGUCGGCCUCAACCCCGGCAUCCGCACCGCUACCGAGGGACACGCCUACUCCCACCCCUCCAACCGGUUCUGGAAACUCCUCUACUCCUCCGGUCUCACUACCCGGUUGAUGAAGCCAGCUGAAGAUAGGAGCUUACCUGCGCUUUACAGUUUGGGGAAUACCAACAUCGUUGCUCGCCCGACACGCAAUGGUGCGGAGCUGAGUAAGCAGGAGAUGGACGACAGCGUCGCGGUGUUAGAAGAGAAGAUGAGGACCUUCAAACCCGAGGCGGUGUGUAUUGUCGGGAAGAGCAUUUGGGAGAGCAUUUGGAGGGUUAGGCAUGGGAGGGCGAUCAAGAAGGAGGAGUUUAGGUAUGGAUGGCAGGAUGAGAGUGAAGCUCUUGGAAAGUCGAAUGAUUUGAAGGAAGAGGGGGAGGAGGCGGAGGUUUGGAAAGGUGCCAGGGUGUUUGUAGCGACUACUACGAGUGGGUUGGCCACGAACCCGACGCAGGCGGAGAAGGAGAGGAUAUGGAGGGAGUUGGGCGGUUGGGCGGAGAAGAGAAGGAGGGAGAAGGCUGGGAAGGGGUGGAGGUGGUUGAAGGGGUUGUGAAUGGGGGGCCGUUGUUGAACUGAGGUUUUGGGGCAUAUAUAUAACG